AUGGAAAAAAUUAGUGUGUGUUUAAGAAUAAGACCACUUAAUCAAAAAGAAAUUAAUGACAAUGAAAUAAUAGCUUGGGAUGCCAGUGAUUCAAAAAUUUAACUUAAUAAAAUUUGUUUGAAGGAUUUAAUUGCUUAAAAAAAAGUAGUCAAUAGUUUAAUUUAUGAAUUCAAUCAUUGUUAUGGAUAAUAAGCUGAUAAUUAUUAUUUGUUUUCAACAUCAGUCAAAUAAGUAAUUAUGCAAUCUUUAGAUGGUAUUAAUGGGACUGUCAUUAUGUAUGGAUAAACUGGAUCAGGCAAAACAUUUACUAUGUUAGGCAAGAGAAAUUAGGAGAUGUUACAAAAUAAUAAUAGCAACAUUUAGUAAUUAAUCAAAGAAAGUUUUGCAAAUACUUAAUAUAACGAUGUUGGAAUUUUGAUUUAUUCAAUGAUGGAACUAUUUAAACAAAUUAAUAUUGUAUAAGCUACUUCAAUAUCAAUAGGAUGAAAAGAGAUAAUUUGAAAUUAAAUGUAGUUAUUAUGAAAUCUACAAUGAAUUUAUUUAUGAUCUUUUACGUGAAGAAAAUGAAUUAUCAGAACCUCUCAUUUUUGGAACUGAUUAUCGUAAGGUAAAUAUCAUAAUAUUUACAUAAGGAAUUUGUAAUCAAAAAUAUCAAAGAAUACAAUGUUACUUCUAUUGAAGAUGUUAUUACAUGUAUUUCAAAGGGAGAAAAAAAUAGACAUUAUGCAGAAACCAUAUUGAAUCAUUAAAGUAGUAGAAGUCAUACAAUCUUCAAAGUACUUAUAAGUGCUUACUCCAAUGAAUCUGAAGAAGAAGAAAACUUUACUUUUUCUACAGAAGCAUGCAUUAAUUUCAUUGAUUUAGCAGGAAGUGAAAAAAUAUCAUCCAGUCCUAUUUCAGAUGAUGUAACAAGAAAUUCUAAUAGAAAAGACAGAAAUAAAGAAAGUUCUGCUAUUAACAAGAGUUUAUUCUUUUUAACAAGAGUUAUUGCAUUAAAAACAUAAAAAGUGCCACCUCAACAUAUUCCUUAUCGUAAUUCAACUUUAACUAAAUUAUUAAAGUAACUAAAUUAUUAAUAUAUUCUCUAGAUCUUCUUUAACAGGAAAUUUCAAAACCUUAAUCUUAUUGAGUAUUAAUCCUGGAUUGAGUUAAUAUGAUCAAACAUAAUCUACUUUAAGAUUUGGUAUGAGUGCUAAAUUAGUUGAAUCUAAAAUUGAAUAGAAUGUCAAUUUUGAUGCUUCAUAUUCCAACAAUUAAUAAAAAUUAAAUUAAUUAAUUUAAAAAAAUAAAUAAAAUGAAAAGAUUAUUUAAGAUUAAUAAAAAAUUAUAGAUUCAUUAAAAUAAUAAUUGUAAGGAUCUAAUUGUUCAGAAAUAUUAACAAAUUUUAAAUAAUCUGAAAUUUAAUUAAUUACUAAACCAUCAGUAAGUCAAUUUAAUGAAACUGAUGUCUCUCUUUUAGAGAAAACUUAAGAAUUAAAUUCUUAGUUAUAAUAAGAAAUGGAUAAAAAUUUACUUUUAGAAAAGAAUUGUACCGAACUUCAUAAAAGAUUAUAGAAAUCUAAUGAAUAAAUUCUUACAUAUUUUAAUUCUCAUAAAGAUAUGGAAUAAUAGAUUAAAGAAUUAAGACUAUAAAAUGAGAAAUAUGAAAAAUUAUCAUAAAAUGCUCUAAAUAGACUAUCAUGUUAUGAAGGAUAGCCAAAUUUUAAAAAAUUUAGUUUAGAAGAUCUUUAAAAUUUAGAACAUCAAAUAUAAUAAUGUUUAUAAGAAAUUAAAGUAAUUUGAAUAAUUUAUAUAUUUAGAUAGAAAAAUAAAGAAGAAAUUCAUUUUAAUAGUUGAAUAUUGAUGCUAUGCCUUUAUUUACUUAACCAACAGAAACCUUAAGAUCUGAUAGAAGCAGUGUUAGUUAAGAUUUUCGUAGAAUUGAAGAGUAAUAAAUAUUAUAUAAAGUAGAGAAGACACUUUAACUAAAAGUUAAAAGAAAACUCCAAAAAAAGAUGGAAAAUUUUUACAACCAAAAAAAUAAUAAUAAAGUUAUUUUAAGGCUACAUCUAAUAGAUUAUCCACACUUUCAAAUAAUGAAAAUAAGUCUCCAUAAUAAAAGAAACCAAAUUUAAGAGAUACAAAAAAUUUUACCAAGAAAAUUCAAAAUUAGAGCAGUAUUUUUAUCAUAAUCAUUUAGAUUAAAAACAACCUUAAAUUUAAAAUGAAUACAGAAGUAAAUCUAAUGAAAGUCAUCCAUAAUAAGUAAGUUAAUAACCAGAAUAGAGUAAAUUAAAAAAUGAUAUAUAAUCAUUGGCUGAUCGAUUAUAUUCAUUAUCUGAAAAAUUUUAGUUGAACAGAGAUUCAAAAGUGAUUUAAAACAGAAAAAGUACUAACAUAAAUAGAACUGACAUUAUUUAUGAGACUGAAUCAGAAUUACUAGGAGACAGUAGAACAACCAUUCAUAAAAGUAAUCGUUCUGCCGUUAAAUGA